AAUUUUAGAUCGAGCAUUGAAGCAUAGGAUAGUAUGUUAAUUCGUUCCAAGGUUUACAUAGGAAGGCCGAUUAUUGUAACUGUGCGAUCCUUGAAAUCUUAACAGAGAAAAUCUCAAAGGGACUUGACAGAAUUUUGACAUUACAAAAUCGUGAAUACUUGCAUGACCCAUUUAGAAGUGAUUCCUGUUAGCAAUUAGAAAAUGGAUAACUAAAGUCAAGGCUAAAACUUUACAGUAAUUGCGCCCACCAUAAAAGCUUAAAAAGAGUUCGACCCAUCUAGGAUUUACAUAUAUACAACAUAUAUCACUGUUAUGAGUAAAAUUCUUAUUAGUUAGAUAUUUCGAUUCAGAAAAGGAAGGGAAGCGAUUAGAAGCUUCAAAAAGAAGAAUUGGGUUGGACAGUACAUAUGAAAGAGUAUACAGUAAUGAUCUAUUUGGCAAAUCAAAUACCGCGGUCCAAAUAAUAUGUUAAAUCAAUUUCAGACAAGGAUAGACGGGAUCUGUUGAAGGAUCAGUAAUUUUAUCAUAUUGCAGAAGUAUAGCAACUCAAGUAAGCAGAAUGAGUGGAUAACUUUUACAAAUAUCAACCGUUAAUUGCCUUUGCCAAACAAAAGCAAUGAAUUAAAGUUACAUAAAUCCUGAGGGCAGAGGAUAAUAUGUGAGCAAGGCUAAAAUUAAAAGAUUCUUCUUUGAGCCAUUUAUAUUAUGGAUAAAGGAAAAUCCUUUGAACAGGUCCACUAUGUAUAGUACGAAGAGAAACAAAUAGUGAUGACUAAUGAGGGUUUUGUCAGGACCCAAAGCUCUGAUACCAAUUGUUGGGUUGGGAGCCUAGGCCCAGGAGACUUUCCACAGGUUUAUCGAGUUAUGACUUGUCAAAUAGUAAUAGUGGCUAUAAGCUGGAAAAUAGAAUUGGGACGGCAAUAAAAUAAAGGAUAAUGAAGAAUAUUAGGAUGGAAAAUGGAAAACUAUUAGAGUGCGGAGGGAACAGUCACAUGGGCCAAUUGGCAAAGGUUCCACUAUGUAAUUAACUUGUUACACAAACACCAAUCUCUCUCACUCUCUCUCGUACUCUCUUCAAUUUGAGAGAACUGCUUGAGGCUUCUGCCCGUUGGUGUGUUUCAAUUGAAUGGAGGGGCCCUCCUUUUAUAGGCAAAGGAAAUCAAUAAAAUAAUGAACCAAGCUGCAGGCCCCAUCCCUCAGUAUCUCUUGCAAAACCUCUCCAAAUCUCAUGCCUUGUACCAAUGAUAGGAUUGGAUUUUAUUAAUCUCAAAUCUCAUCUUCUGACAUUCAAAUUGCAAUAGCAAUUUCGGCCAACCUUCCUUUUUCUUUACAAUUUUUUGAUUCUUAUGGGGCUGGAGCCCACACAACAAUCUCCAACAACAAACCCGCCUGCUCCGAUAAACCUGUGGGAAGUCACUAUCAUUAUCCUUUAUUUUAUUUCCUUCCCAAUUCUAUUUUCUGGCUUAUAGCCACUGUCAUUAUGUGCUAAAUCAUAACUCGAUAAACCUGUGGGAAGUCUCAUGUGCCCAACAACUGGUAACAGAGCUCUGGGUCCCAACAACUUUAUCGAAGCCUCAGGUUUUUUGCUAUAAUGGAGAAAUCUCAUUUCGAGAUGGAGAGGUUUGAUAGCAGGAAGUAUUUCGAGUUAUGGAAGAUCACUAUAUGUGAUGUCCUCAUUCAGCAGGGAUAACACAAAGCGUUGCUCAGCAAGGAAAAGAAGCCAACGACCAUGAAGGAUGAACAAUGGGAUGAGCUAAAUGAGAAACACAGACAAAAUGAGCGAAGAAUCAAUUAUAGAAGUUGUCAGAAAGAACUUUCCAGAUCAUCUCAUUCUUGGGGAGGAGGGAGGAAUCACGGGGGAUCCGUCAUCUGAUUAUCUCUGGUGUAUUGAUCCUUUAGAUGGGACAACAAAUUUUGCACAUGGGUAUCCUAGUUUUGCAGUGUCUGUGGGAGUUCUUUUUCGAGGAAAUCCAGCUGCAGCAGCCGUUGUAGAAUUUGUUGGGGGUCAUAUGUGUUGGAAUUCUCGCAUGUUCACUGCCACUGCAGGUGGAGGAGCAUUUUGCAAUGGCGAAAAGAUUCAUGUGAGCAAAACUGAUCAGAUGGAGCGAUCUCUUUUAGUGACUGGGUUUGGAUAUGAACAUGACGACGUAUGGGCCACCAACAUAGAUUUAUUCAAGGAGUUUACCGACGUCAGCAGGGGUGUGAGAAGGCUCGGUGCUGCUGCAGUGGAUAUGUGCCAUGUGGCACUUGGAAUUGUAGAAGCAUAUUGGGAGUACCGACUUAAGCCAUGGGACAUGGCUGCUGGAGUUUUGAUAGUUGAAGAAGCUGGUGGUGCAGUGACUCGAAUGGACGGUGGAAAAUUCUGUCUUUUUGAUCGAUCGGUUUUGGUUUCCAAUGGCAUACUGCAUGACAAGCCACUCGACAGCUUUGCUGUGUCUCCUGUUUUGGUUAAGCUGCAAAAGAUGGGGCUUUUGACAAGCCUCCAGGGAAAGUUAAGUUCUUCGUAUUUUCAACUGAUAUGGUUUCUCGGCUUUUAGACAGAAUCGGACCAGCAACUGAGAAACUGAAAAGCAAAGGAAUCGACUUCUGUUUGUGGUACAAGCCUGAAAAUUACCACACCGACCUUUGAGCUGGCAAAAAUUCGGCGAGUCCAGGCGAGCGGAAUAUCACCUCGUUUUCUUUUGUGGAAUCUGAUUCUGGGCCAUUGUGAAAGUUUUCUGAUCGGUUUAGCUACUUCCUAUGUGUAAUAACGUAAGGCGUCUGAUUCCAUGCUCAAAUUUUUUGAGAUAUUAAAAAGGAGAAACGUAAAGCAAGAGAAGGCAGAGAUAUCUGCAUUUAUGUCCAGCUCGGACUGUUUAAAUCUUUUUCUUUUUUGGAUAAGUUUCGUACGGUUAAAUCGAGCUUUGGGAUCCGUCUGAAACUUGUUU